AGGAGGAUUGCUCUUUUUCUUGGAUGGGAAUGGUAAUGGAGCUUCAAUUAGGAUUGGGUCUUCCAAGAACAAUGGUCGAUCCAAAUUGCUGGGAAAUGGAAUUCACGGAGGGAAACUGUGGCCAAAUUUUUAAGAAGCAAAGAUUUGAUGACGAGGAGGCCAUGGAUGAGUGUGGUGCAGAGAAUGACGAUGAACUUCAAACUCUGCCAUUGCUGCCUUGGGACAACUAUCCCCUCCACACUAAUGAUGAUGAUGAUGAAGAAAAUGAGGAUAGCAAUUCUACCAUUUCUAACAGGGAUGAAGCAGGGAGUGGUGUGGCAUGUUGGCCACCCAUUAACUCAUGGAGGACGCCGGCGGCGAAGGAGGAGGAGAACGGCGGCAGAGGGCGGCGCGGGUCGCCGUUUGUAAAGGUGAAGAUGGAAGGGGUUGGGAUUGCAAGAAAGAUUGACUUAAAUGCACACAGUUCCUAUGCCUCACUCACUUCCUCCGUGAUCACCCUCUUUGGACGAGAUGAGGAAGAUGUGGAGGCAUAUGCUCUCACAUAUCAGGACAAGGAAGGGGAUUGGCUUCUUGCAGGGGAUGUUCCUUGGGGAACGUUUAUCCAGUCGGUGCAAAGGCUAAAACUGGUUAAGAGAGAAGAUUUAAGUUGAUUGCAUCAGUCCACUAAGAAAUAUGGUCUUAUUAU